AUGAUUAAACAACAUCAACCACAACAACUUAAGGCACAAAACACCCAGGUCCUUCAGACCAUUACAUACGCCAUAUAUGCAUAUAAUUCAAAGAUGGCAGAACAAACGCAAAGGUUGAAAUAUGGAGAUUUGGAGAUAGUAUUGAAAAAUGAACAUUUCGAAUUCGUUUGCAAAGGUGGUGCAGUGAUAUCAAAUAUAAAAGAAAUUUUAUUUAUGAAUUCUAAAAUUAAAGGUAUAACGGAUGAUAUAACAUCAAUUCCACCAGAAGAACAGAGAUAUUACGCAUUAAAUGCAUUUCCUAAAGUUUUGAAGAUUGGAAGAUUUAAUUUAAAUGAGGAAUUCAUAGAAGGUUUCCUAAACGACAUAAUGAAGAAAGCAGAUAAGGAAUAUGUGGAUAGUGAGUUAAAUAAGAAGGCAAAUUUGGUUUAUGUUGAUGAAAAAGAUAAUGAAAUUAAAGAAAAGGUUGAAUGGUAUCAUGAAUGGACAUUUGAGACUUUUAAAGUUAAAGCUGAUACAGAAUGGGUUUCAGGAUGUUUAGACCUUAAAGCAGAUAAAACUUAUGUAGAUGAAAAAGAUAAUGAAAUUAAAGAAAAGGUUGAAUGGUAUCAUGAGUGGACAUUUGAGACUUUUAAAGUUAAAGCUGAUACAGAAUGGGUUUCAGGAUGUUUAGACCUUAAAGCAGAUAAAACAUAUGUUGAUGAAAAUUAUGCAAAGAAGUCGGAAGUAAAUGAUGUGAUUACAAGCAUGAAAAAUGAAAUACUUCAAACAUUAUAUCCUGUUGGUUCUAUUUAUACGUCAAUGAACUCAACAAAUCCAGCAAGUGUUUUAGGUUUUGGUACGUGGAAGCAGAUUGUAGAUAAAUUCUUAUACUGUGCUAGAUAUUCAAAGCAAACAGGAGGUUCGAAGAAAAUUAAAGAAGCAAACCUUCCACCACACACUCAUACAGGAACUACAAACUUUUCUGGUGACCAUAUCCACUCAUUAAGAGACCACCCAUUAUACAACUCAGAAUAUGAAGCUGGCAAUGAUGUUUUAUCUCCAUCUUAUAACAAUGCAGCAAAAAAGACUUUUCGACCAACUGAACCAGGAGGAAAUCAUGUCCAUACUUUCACAACAAAUCCAACAGGCUUGGGUAAAGAUUAUAUGCCACCAUUUGUGACUGUAUUCGCAUGGUACCGCAUUCAUUAA